UUCCCGGAGUUGCUGCAUAGACAGAACCACCAUGAUGGAAGCCAUCCAGGUUGCAAAUAUCACUUUUGCAGUUGACCUAUUCAAAAAAUUGAGUGAAAAGGAUAAAACAGCCAAUAUUGUUUUUGCUCCCCUUUGCACUUCGACUUCUCUGGCUCUCGCAUAUAAAGCUGCUAAGGGUGACACAGAGACCCAAAUGAAGCAAGGCCUCCAUCUAGAAGACGUCAAAGAUGUUCCUUUUGGCUUCCAAACACUAACAGCAGAUACUUCCAAACUUAGUUCUUUUUAUUCACUGAAAAUGGUCAAACGGCUCUAUGUAGAAAAGUCCCUAAGCCCCACUACGGAAUUUAUCAGUUCUAUCAAAAGACCCUUCCCAUCAGAAUUUGAGCUAGUCGAUUUUAAAGACAAAACAGAGGAUACCAGGGUACAGAUCAACAAAUCUGUUUCCGACUUAACUGACGGUAAAAUGGAGAACGUUUUGGUUGAGGGGUCUAUCAAUGACCAGACAAAGAUCCUCCUGAUAAAUGCAGCCUAUUUUACCACAAACUGGAUGAAGAAAUUUCCUGAGGAGCAAAUCAAGGAAUGUCCUUUCAGAAUAAACAAGACUGAAACCAAACCAGUGCAGAUGAUGAACUUGGAAGCUACAUUUUGCCUUGGUUACAUAAAUGAUUUAAAAACCAAGAUUCUGGAACUCCCCUGUCAUAACAAGCACAUGAACAUGCUCAUCUUACUACCUAAAGAUAUUGAGGAUGAUACUACUGGCUUGGAACAGCUCGAGAAGGAGCUCACUGCUGAGAAGCUGGUGCAAUGGACCAAUCCCAGUGUGAUGGCCAAUACGAAAGUGAACGUGUUUCUUCCUAAAUUCCAGGUCAAAGGAGAGUAUGAUCUGAGGCCCGUCUUGGAGACCCUCGGCAUGACCCACCCGUUCGAUGAGGGUGUGUCUGAUUUCUCUGAAAUGUCAGAGGCCAAAGGGGUGGUUCUGUCGCAGGUCCUCCACAGAGUCUCACUGGACGUAGUUGAAGAUGGGGCCGACUCCCGAGAUGUGCCAGGAUAUCGGAUCCUACAACACAAAGAUGAAUUUAAAGCUGACCAUCCAUUUAUUUUCUUCUUUAGGCACAACAAAACUCGCAGUAUUGUUUUUGCUGGCAGAUUCUGUUCUCCGUAAACAGAACAUGAGAAAAAUCUAGAUUCAUAAAUAUAUAUAUUACUUCCCUUUUUCUAUAAACCUUUGAAA